AUGGAAGAUGCAGCUACUGCACCAGCAGACAAAGACUUGCCAUUUACUCCACUAGACCAGAGGCUGCAAGCUGGAGGAGCCCCGUCUGGUGCUCGGUUCGAGAGACACGUCAAACCUUCGUCGUGGAGAGCACACUCUCUUCGUCGACCGUACUUGCUCUCCCUUCUCAUACUCUCAUUGGCUCUAUUGGGGGGCAUUGAGGUGCUGCGACAGCUCAGCCAUCGGCGUCAUGGCUUCCAACGCCUUGGUGGUCUGAACCCAACCAGGCUGACAACAGGCCAGAACAUACUGUAUUCCUACAUACCCACUGUCACCGCUGUCCUCUACUCCAUACUAUGGUCGUACAUCGACUCGGACACCAAGCGGCUCGAGCCUUAUAUCCAGAUGCGCUCAAGUCGAUCCCCGGCGAGCAAUCUCCUAUUGGACUAUGUUUUUGAAUCAGCUUUUGCAACACCAGUCCGAGCUUUGCGCCGUCGCCAUUGGACUCUGGCGGCCGUGUCAACCACGUUCCUUCUUAUUUCCCUCAUUCUCCCUGCUUCUCAAGGAGCUCUCUUCGGAAUCGAUCAUGUCUCAUACUGGACCGACAAUGCUACAUUCGACCUCAGUCACAAAUACCUGGUGUCCGGAACACUAGCAGGUGGAGAAUUCGUUGACCAAGCCAAAGCAAUCAGUGUAUCCGAUGGCUCGGAGCUGCCGUCUUGGACAACAGCGGAGUACGCAGCAACUGCGUUCUCGCCGAAGACUGGAAGCAUUGGCGGAAAUGAGACUUGGACAACCCGAUCUGUUGUAUAUUAUGCACAGCCGAGCUGCCGUAGGUUUGAGCUGGAGAACGAAAUGCUUUUCGAUGGGGGAGCGUCGGGCCUUAUCUUAGGUGCAGAGCUUGUGUUUGUGAACGAUCUGCUGCUGGUAGCAAACUUGUCCAUCGCAGAUGCCCCAUCGUGCUACCUUACGGUUGGUAUCAUGAUCCGAAUGUUCGAACCGCUGAGCCAAGACGAUUACCUUUUCCCAAUCUUCACCCACGAACUCCAUGCAGCAGUGGCUACUUCCGGAAUUACUGCUGUCUCAGUCCAACGACCACAGCCAGGGGAUCCUCAAUACAACAUCAUUGCGAAUCUCUCAACCCCCGUCGUUUGGAGAGAACCUGCAGACUCAUGCCCCGAUCUAGAUCGCUUAGCAGGCAUAGUUGCGCUGGACUUCAGCAAAUUCAAUGUUUCAUGGGCCCUUCCAUGGACCAACAACACCUCAAAUAUUGGCUCAAGCGUCGCAUUGUAUGAUUUCACAGGACAGAGCGGCUGGGCUACUGCAGACGUCACCGUGGAUGCCAACGCUCAAGCUGUGGUCAGUAUCGAUCAGCUUGAAAGCCAGACCCUAUUUUCCAAUGACGAAUUCAACAUGUCGGUCUUUGAAUCCUAUCUGGAACAUGGUCGAAUCCAGCCCAGAGACAUCCUGAAGGCCAACGCUUCGAAUCCAGGCUUGUGGGCAAUUGGAUACAACCCAAGUCUCGGCGACGUCGUGGUCAGUAAUCUGACCUCGCAAGUCAUCCAACAAUCGUCUUACCCCUCACUCCUCUCCGGUGACAGCGUCGGUGAUGCAUUCGAGGCAGGGUACCGGUUGAUUUUCGCCCUCAUGUUCAAUGAAUUCCUACAGCUCCCGGCGGCCCCUGAAACCGUGGCUGGCUCAGUGCAUAUCGACACAUUUGCCGUGGUUGUUGUCCCAGCCUUUGCCAUCAUGUCGGAGGCCUUACUUGCGCUUGCAGCAGUGAUGCUGAUAGCAUUAGCCAUCGGCUACCACCGAAGAACCAGCAUCUUGCGCAGCGAUCCCGACUCAAUCGCCGCACAAUGCAGCAUCAUUGUCGACGAAUUCAACGACGUUGGGAUCAUGCGUUCCACAUCACGAAAUCUUGAGCUGCUGUCGACGAGGCGGUUGGAGGAAGAACUCAGACACUCACAUCUCGAGUACAACGAAGGAUCAGGUUAUCUUAGGCUGGUGACUCCCGAGCAAGAGCUGGCUCCCAUGGCGGGCCCCUCGACCCCGAGCACGACUGAAACAGUGACUCGUGGUGACCCUCUGCCCUUCUUCAUGAGCAAGCGAGGCGUGAUUUUGGCCGUGACAGCUCUUGUCGCCAUCCUGGCCGCCCUAAUCUUUUUGGCAGCCUGGUCACAUCUUCACCACGGAUUCGACUAUCUGACGAACUCUCUGUCCUUUCGCUCCCAGCUGUUCUGGUCCUUCAUGCCAACCUUGAUUGCAACUUUCAUUGAAGCGAGCUGGGGGUCCCUACACCGGGAUUUGAGUGUCCUGGAGACUUGGGCUGCCAUCCGGAAGCGCCAGACACGCGCUCAAGAGAGCUUGUCUCUGCGAUACUCGUCGAGACCGCCAUCGCUGGUGUUUUGGAUGGCCUCCAAGCGCCGACACUUCCUGUUGGCAUUCGUCUCAUUCCUCUGCCUAACGACCGGCAUCCUCAACAUUGCCAUGGCUGGCUUGUUCCUGCCCGAUAUCGAAGACUUUACCUCAUCGGUCGACACCGUAUCGCAAUACACUUCCACAGCGCUGCCUGGGUACUGGGUUGAUCAGAACGACGUGAACCAGGCGUUCAGUGUCUUGCGGGCUCAGCUUAGCGACGGCGGGAACUUGCCGAGUUGGACCUCCCACAACCUCUCAUUUGUUCCGGUCGUGUCGAAUGCGUCGGCCCCUGUGUCUUUCGUAGCGAACUUGACCAGUAAGGUUUUCGGAUCAACGACGUCUGCCAUCGGAAGUUCUCUUGACUGUGUGGAUCUCCCCAACCAAGCCACCUUGAAUGGUUCUGGACCCGGUAUCUUUACGGACAGUACCGGCGGGCAGAGCGUGCGCUUCAGACCCGAGACUGCUGGUGUAGGUGUCAACCAGACGUGUACGGCGACGUACGACUUCAACAGCUCGCUACAGUCCAUCUUCUUCCAGGCGAUGGAGCUUCUGGAUCUCACCAACGGUUCCACGUCGAAUCUCGAUCUUGACGGCUGUGGUGGGAUACUCCUACUUGUUUCGGGUGAAGCGUCGACGCAGACCAUCUCGAUGUAUGUCUGCUCGUCUUCUAUUUCCACUUCGGACUGGCGAGUCCAGUACGAUGCGGACCAAACAAUCAUCUCCCAGCAAGCGAUUGAUACAGCGUCGUCACACGGCACCGCGGUCUUUCGUGACGCACCUGACCUGCUCUCGUUUUACCGGUCCAAAUUCAUGCUGGCCGCAUCGUUUUCGCUGCUUGGCCCUGGCCCAACGACCGAGUAUGACUGGCCAGGGCUGCUGAUGACCCGAGUGCGCAACAGCUCGACCAUCCGGUCCAUUCCCCAGCUUGCAGCAGAUGUCUGGACACGCGUCUUCGCUAUAUGGUUUUCGCUCUUCCGUGAUAACCUCCUGGUCCUCCGGAACGAGGGCGACGCCAGUUUUUCCGCUCCGACAGGCACAGUGACAUUGCGCCAGUCGCGGAUUAUGCCGUCGAUCCCGGCCUUCGUGGUGUCGAUCCUGCUCAUCUUUCUCUAUCUCGUCGGCUUCAUCGUUGUCAUCUGGCGGAGGCGGCAUCGUUAUGCGGGACCCAGGAUGCCGAACACCAUCGGAAGCAUCAUCCCCUGGGUCAUCCACAGCACCAUGUUGGACGAUUUCGCCGGGGUACACUAUGUCAGUAGUCGGGAUCGCGACGCUGCACUGCAACGCAUGGGCCGUCGCUAUGGGUUUGGGAGGUUCCGAGGCCGUCAUGGGAGAGUCACCUUGGGGAUUGAGUAUGAGGAGUUGUUGAUGGCCAGCGGAGCGUAUGGGGACUUUUAA